GCAGGCUGAUAUCGACCUCUAACUGCUGGAUGUCAAACGGCUCCAACUCUCCAGAUUUCCUUCAUCCCACUUGUAGCUCCAGCGGUUAGAGGGCUGUAUGCUUCUCCUCCUCCUCCUUCACCUGCAGGACAGCUGCGCGCCGCUGCCACGUCUCUGCUGCUGCUGCUGCUGCCGGACUGGACGCACAAAGUGGGGGCGCACUCCUCAGCCAUCAAAACCCAGCUCGUGCGAUACGCAGCUGUGACUGGGAGCAGCGUUGGACACAGCGCUAACCUCUGCUGCGCUCGACUUGUAAAAUUCGCAGUCAAAGGAGCUCUCUGUUCGGGUUUUGGCGCAGACGUUGCUUUUUGGCACCCGCGUCCCCCCCUGAAAGCGGAGGCGCGUUGUCUGUGGCGCAGCGCGACAGUGCGGUGUCCGAUUACAACCCGUGCGCCGUGGAGCCACCGGCACAGAGCGCUCCUCUGUGGGGGCAGAAAUAGCUCACAGAGCUCCGGAGGGACGAGAGAGAGAGACAGAGGGUGAGGAGGAAUCUGUGCAGACAGAGACAGAAGGAGUUUUACCAACAGAGGUCGAUCUGUGACACAGCUCAACUGAGGAUUUAUCAUCUUCAGCUCACCUUCAUUUCUCUUUCCACUUCUCACCGGGACGAGACGCGCAGCUUCGCUCCCUGCUAGAUGAACGGGAUCUGGGCACCUCACUCUGUUAGUCUCUCCAAUGCUCUUGGCCCCUGAGGCCUGAGGAGAAGUGAGCCAAGUCCAGGCCCCCAAUGGGACGCCCUGUCACCCAGCAUGCACUGCUGCUGCUGCAGUGCAUGCUGGUCUUGCGGCCUGGAAGCGUGGCCAGUAGGAGAGGGCCGGUGUUGUUGCCUGAAUCCCCCUGUCACAAGAUGGAGCACCCGCUCAUCCCACACUCAGAGAUGGAGCCGUGGAUCUUCAGGUUCAAGGCGGAGGGUACGGUGGAUUAUUCACAGCUGACCUUUGACCCCGGGCAGAACGAACUGAUCGUGGGUGCAAGGAAUCACCUCUUCAGGCUCAAUCUGGAGGACCUGACACUGAUCCAGGAGGCUGAGUGGCACUGCGACGAGUUCACCAAGGGAGCCUGCUUCAGCCGCGGAAAGUCUGAGGAGGAGUGUCAGAACUACAUCAGAGUGCUGCUGGUGAAUGGGAACAGGCUGUUUACCUGUGGAACCAAUGCUUUCACCCCCAUCUGCACCAACCGAACCCUGACAAAUUUGACAGAGAUCCACGAUCAGAUCAGCGGCAUGGCUCGGUGUCCAUACAACCCCCUUCACAAUUCCACCGCCCUCAUCACCUCCAGUGGGGAGCUGUAUGCCGCCACGGCCAUGGACUUCUCUGGGCGAGACCCUGCCAUCUACCGCAGCCUUGGAGGCAUGCCACCGCUGCGUACUGCACAGUACAACUCCAAAUGGCUGAACGAACCCAACUUCGUCUCCUCUUACGACAUUGGCAACUUCACCUACUUCUUCUUCCGGGAAAACGCGGUGGAGCACGACUGCGGCCGCACGGUGUUCUCCCGCGCAGGCCGCGUCUGUAAGAAUGAUAUCGGUGGGCGAUUCCUCCUCGAAGACACGUGGACCACCUUUAUGAAAGCCAGGCUCAACUGCUCACGGCCCGGAGAAAUCCCCUUUAACUACAAUGAGCUGCAGGGAACAUUUUACCUCCCUGAGCUGGAGCUGCUCUACGGCAUUUUCACCACCAACGUAAACAGCAUUGCUGCCUCUGCAGUGUGUGCCUUCAACCUCAGCGCCAUAGCACAAGUCUUCAACGGGCCCUUCAAGUACCAGGAGAACUCCCGGUCAGCGUGGCUGCCCUACCCAAACCCCAACCCAGACUUUCAGUGUGGUACUAUCGACUCCGGCUCCUACGUGAACCUGACUGAAAGAAACCUGCAGGACGCUCAGAAGUUUCUGCUGAUGCAUGAGGUGGUUCAACCUGUGGUUCCCGUGCCCUACUUUAUGGAGGAUAAUGUGCGCUUCACCCAUGUGGCGGUGGAUGUGGUGCAGGGCAAAGAUGCGCUCUUACACAUCAUAUAUUUGGCUACUGAUUAUGGUACUAUCAGAAAGGUCCUCUCCCCUCUUAACCUGUCCACUGGGAGCUGCUUAUUGGAGGAGAUUGAGUUGUUCCCACCCAGAAAAAGGCAGCCAAUCCGGAGCCUGCUGAUCCUGCACAGUCGCAGCGAGCUGUAUGUGGGUGUCAGAGACCAGGUCAUCAAGAUCCCACUGAAGAGAUGCAGCUACCACAAGAGCCGAGAAGCAUGUGUUGGAGCCAGGGACCCGUAUUGUGGUUGGGACCUGUUGCUGAAGAAAUGCACCACACUGGAAGAAAGUGUCAGAAUGAGCCAGUGGGAGCAGAGCAUCACAAAAUGCCCCAUCCGUAAUGUGACUGUCGAUGGAGGUUUCGGUGCCUGGUCCGGCUGGUCUACGUGCAGUCAUAAUGAUGGAGGCAGCGCUGGGUCCUGUCUGUGUCGGACACGAGCAUGUGAUAACCCCGCCCCUCAGUGCGGAGGCCAGCAGUGCUACGGCAUCAGUGUGGAGGUUGCAAACUGCUCCAGAAACGGAGCUUGGACUCCCUGGACCUCUUGGUCUCCCUGCAGCACCAGUUGUGGUAUUGGCUUCCAGGUCCGCCAGCGCUCCUGCAGCAACCCGACCCCUCGGCACGGUGGGCGAGUGUGUGUCGGCCAGAACCGUGAGGAGAGGUACUGUAAUGAACACCUGCCCUGCCCCCCCCAUGUCUACUGGUCGGCCUGGUCUGCAUGGGAGCGCUGCAAUGUGCCCUGCGGCGGAGGCAUCCAGUCACGGCGCAGAACCUGUGAGAAUGGCAACGACUGUCCCGGGUGUGGUCAGGAGUAUCAGUCAUGCAACACCCUGCCUUGUCCAGACCUAAAGAAGACAACGCCCUGGACUCCCUGGACGCCCGUCAACAUCUCUGACAAUGGCGGCCACUAUGAGCAGCGUUUCCGCUACACUUGCAAAGCUCGAAUCCCAGAUCCAAGCCUCCUGGAGGUGGGCAGGCAGAGGAUCGAGAUGCGCUACUGCUCCAGUGACGGCUCCACUGGCUGCUCCACGGAUGGAGAGGUUCUGCGACUUGGGAGGAUUUCAGGCCACACGCAGAAUGGUGGCUGGUCAGCCUGGAGCUCUUGGUCGCAGUGCAGCAGAGACUGCAGCCGAGGGAUCCGCAGCCGCAAGAGGACCUGCAGCAACCCUGAGCCAAAGUACGGAGGUCAGACCUGCUUGGGACCAGCACAGGAGUAUCAGGAGUGUAACAUCACUCCUUGUCCAGUGGACGGCAGCUGGUCAUGCUGGUCUUCAUGGUCCAAGUGUUCGGUGACAUGUGGAGGGGGGCACUACAUGAGGACGCGAACCUGCAGCAACCCCCCGCCGGCGUACGGAGGGGACAUCUGCCUGGGUCUGCACACUGAAGAGGCACUUUGUAACACACAGGCCUGUCCAGAGAGUUGGUCCAGCUGGUCCGAGUGGUCCCACUGUGACUCCAACGGUGCCCAGAUGCGUGUGCGCCACUGUGACGUCCUGUUCCCAACUGGAAACCAGUGCUCAGGGAACAACAGCGAGACCCGGCCAUGCUCUCCUGACUCCAAUUUUAUACCAGAAGUCUCGAUUGCUCGCUCAAGCCAGGAGGAGAUGCGAUGUGGAGACUUCAAUCUCUUCCACAUGAUCGCCGUGGGGCUCAGCAGCUCCAUCCUCGGCUGCCUCGUCACCCUGCUGGUGUACUCGUACUGUCAGCGCUACCAACAGCAGGCGCACGACGCCACUGUCAUCCACCCCAUCUCUGCUGCUCCGCUCAACACCAGCAUCACCAACCACAUCAACAAACUGGACAAAUACGACACGGUGGAAGCCAUUAAGGCCUUCAACAAAAACAAUCUGAUCUUGGAGGAAAGAAAUAAGUACUUCAACCCACAGCUUGCAGGAAAGACCUACACCAAUGCAUACUUCACCGACCUCAACACCUACGAUGACUAUUAGCCCUCGAUUCUGCACCAUGGGGGGGGGGGGGGGCUUCACCCCAUCAUCUAUUUGAUUCUUUUUCCUGCUUUGUUGAGAUUCGUGAUGCUGCAGGCCGCACUUUGAGACUCUAUGGCAGCUGGUACGUAAUGAAAACAUGGACACACAGUGUUGCCUAUGGAGGGAAACGCCCACUCUCUCUCAGGUGCCUUGGGGUACACUUGGAAAGCUCUAUUUUGACUCUCACUGAGAAAAACACAAACUGGAUUCCCAAAUGUGGAAACAGAAAAGGGAAAAACAAGAACUCAGAGACACUGUGGGAUAUGUGAUCCCUUUUAACUUUCCUGUGACACCUCAAAAACUGAUUAUGUAUUUGUAAUGAUGGGAAAUAACCACAGAACCUGCUUUGCAUGACUUCAUCGGAUGUGUUUUCUGCUGUUUUAGUUUUGUUUUGCAUGGUUUAUAUCAUUCCAGAGUUCGGAAACUCUAAAAAUGCUUUUCUUAGCCGGCCUUUGGUUCAGGACUGGAUUUUGAAGUCAUUAAAUCAAGGACUUUUGGGAUGACGGGUAGCUUUUUACUAUUUACUGCUGCCAAGCUCUCCAGAUGGAUUCUAAUCAAUGCCCAGUCCUUGAAUCAGGAUGUAGAUAUUUGAAGUUUGAGGUCAAAUUCAUCCAACUUUUCUUUUUUUAAAUUUUAUGCUCAGCUCUUGGAUUUGCAGAAAUUGAAUUUUCAGUGCCAACUUUUUUUUUUGUGGUCUAUUUUUAAGCUUUUAAAAGGUGCUUUUAUUUUGUACAGGACAUCAAGUUUAGAGCCUAUGUCUGUGUAUUUUUCUCCAAACAUUAAUUCAGUGUCUCAAGUGUUUUAAAGAAGUUAAAAAAAAGAUUAUGUGCAUUCUGAAAAGUUAUAUCAGCCCACAGCAGUUUCAGCCCAUCACCGUACUUUUUAUAUUUUUUGUAAAAAAAUGUUUUUGAAUUUUGAUAGUGUUCGCUAUCCCUUUGGCUUCUGAGUUACAGAUGUAUUUGUGAGAGCAGGAUGUGAAGGCAUUUUCUGUACAGAUUAAGCAGACAUUAUUCUGAACCCAAACUGGAGCGCUACACGUAUACUACUAGACGAAAUCCAUCGAUCUGAAAUAUUCCUGUUCACAGUGUAUAACCAAAUAUUAGGUUAUUCAAUGGUUCAGUUGCAACUAACUCUUUUUACAUGUUUGCUUGUGUUACUGUGCAUAAAUUAAAAACU